CCCGCGGCGAAAGGAGGAGGAGGAGGAGGCGGCGGCGCGAUCGCCCGAGCUUGGCGCUCCGGAGGUGGCAGCAGGCUGCAGCGAAGAGGCAGCUUCAGGUUUAUUGCUCCUUGGCACAGCAAGGCUUCUGCUAUGACCACAACACCAGCCUUCUCUCCCAACAGUGAGGACAUUCUCUUAGAAGACCCACCCAGGGUGCCCUCCCUUCUGUGCAUGCCCUCCACCCAGGACGAUCAUGGGAAGUGUCAGUAGCCUAAUCUCUGGCCACAGCUUCCACAGCAAACACUGCCGGGCAUCCCAGUACAAGCUGCGCAAGUCUUCCCACCUGAAGAAGCUGAACAGAUAUUCAGACGGACUGUUGAAAUUUGGCUUCUCUCAGGAAACUGUUCACAAUAAGUCCAGCUCCAAGGGCAACAAGAAUGAAGACUUUUUUUACAUCAAGGUCAACCAGAAGGCUCACCGGACGGACUACACCCCGCUCUCUGGGGGGGAGCUGGGAGGCCAGGCUGGGAGGAGCAGUGUGGACUUUGGCACCACGACGCCACCCAAACUGAAGCCAGUCUCCAACCAGAUAGAACUACCCACUGACAAGAGUGCUACGAGGCCCACAGCCUUCAAGCCCGUGCUCCCUCGCUCCAGCACAGUCCUCCACUCUUCCCCAGAGCACGGCAACCAUGUUCCCCAGAAGCUCCAAUCGCAGGAGAAAGCCAAGGAUGCGGAUGCUAAGCCUGCUCUGUGCUCCGGAGGACUGUCAGACUCUGGAAGAAACUCCAUGUCUAGCCUCCCCACGCACAGUACAGCCAGCAGCUACCAGUUGGACCCCCUUGUCGCUCCCGUGGGACCCAUCAACCGAUUUGGGGGCUCUGCCUUGAACAUCACUCAGUGCGCCAUCCUGCAGGACAGUAACAUGAUGAGCCUGAAGGCCUUGUCCUUCUCGGAUGGGGGCACCAAGAUCCUGAACCCUGGCAAAAUGUCUGCUCCUCCCCACCCCGGCGAGAAGAACUCCUGUGUCCGCUCGCCGAUCUCCACGGAGGAGUCUGCCAUCCAGGAGCUGGAGCAGAAGCUUCUGGAGAGGGAGGGGGAGCUGCAGGAGCUGCAGUGCAGCUUUGAGGAGAAGGAGAUCGCCUCCUGCCAAAGCUACGAGGAAAAGCAGAGGCGCUGCAGGGACGAGAUGGAAGGGCUGAAGCAGAAAUGCAACAACAGACUCAAGCAGACGUCGCAGAAGAGCCACAGGGCGCAGCAGCUGCUGCAGCUGCAAGUGUUCCAGCUGCAGCAGGAGAAGCAGCAGCUCCGGGAGGAACUGGCCAACCUGAUGAAGGAGCAGGACCUCCUGGAGGCCAAGCUGAGGUCCUAUGAGAAGGAAAAGACCAACUUUGCCCCAGCGCUGGAGGAAACUCAGUGGGAGGUGUGCCAGAAGUCUGGUGAAAUCUCUCUCCUGAAGCAGCAGCUGAAGGAAUCCCAGACAGAGCUCAACAGCAAGACCAACGAGGUCCUCAACCUGAAAGCUCAGCUGAAGGAUGUCCGGGCAAAGAUGGAAUUGCUAGAUAUGAAAAUCCAGGACCUGGAAGAUUCCCUGCGCGCCAAGGCUAUGGAGCUGGAGGUGUGCGAGAACGAGCUCCAGCGCAAGAAGAACGAGUCGGAGCUGCUGAGGGAGAAGGUGAACCUGCUGGAGCAGGAGAUCGCAGAGCUGCGGACGGAACUCACCAUCCUCAGGGAGCAGAUGAAGUGUGGGACGGCCUCCGCGGGCCUGGAGGGGAGCAUGACGGAGGAAGCGCAAGCCCUGUGGCGGGAAGUGGAGAAGCUGAAGGCAGAGCUGGGAGAGGCUCAGGACAGCAACCAGCAGAUGACGGCCGGCUUCCAGCAGGAGCGGCAGACCUGGAAGGAGGAGAAAGAGAAAGUCAUCCACUACCAGAAGCAGCUGCAGCAGAGCUACCUGCACAUGUACAAACGGAACCAGAACCUGGAGAAGAUGCUCCAGCAGCUGGCUGCAGGGGAGGAUGGCAAAGAGCCUUUAGACCUUGACCUCCAUGGAACUGAUGUCCCUUAUGAGGACAUCAUUGCCACUGAAAUCUGAAGGGUUCUGCGUUGUCUUGCCCGCUCUGGAGAGGAGAUGCAUCUUUCAACUGGGGGGGAGGAGAUUGUGUGUGUACAGUCCAGGAGAACCACCUGUUUUCUUGGUUGAGGUCCUUCGCCUGGCCAAAAUGGAUCGCCAGCUGUUGUCCUGCCACAUGUUAAUGGUGUGAGGCACCAAUCCCAACCCUGUCAUGCCCAAUACAUCCUUCUGUGAGCGCUAUCCUGACUAGAGCACCCCAGUGAGAAAUAAAAAGGGAUGUUACCAGUUGACCAUUCUGUCAGGAUAGAAUCAAAGCAGCAGCUGCUUUCAGUGGAGAAUAUGCAAUAAUCUCCAUGCCAAUUACCACAGGUGGCUGCUUCUUGCCCAUGACCCAAAUAUCAGUUCCCAAGGGCUACUGGAGUGCCAGCCAUAGCAAAUGCCAUUAUAGCUCUCCUGCAGCUACUAAACUGUGGGAU